CCAAAACCCCAGGGUCCUCACUUCACUCGUAACGGCCACAGCACAAAUCACAACCAGCUCCCUGACAAGAACCCAACCAUGGCUUCUCCCAAGAUGCUCCCCCUCCUCCUGCUGGCCACCUCGCUCCUCCUGAGCUGCGGCCUCCUGGUGUCCGCCGACUACGCUCCCAUGACCCUGACCGUGGUGAACAACUGCCCCUACCCGGUGUGGCCGGGCAUCCAGGCCAACUCCGGCCACGACGUCCUGGAGGGCGGCGGCUUCUUCCUCCCGGCGCUCUCCCACAAGUCGUUCCCGGCGCCGGCGCACCCCUGGUCGGGCCGCAUCUGGGCGCGCACGGGCUGCACCGGCGCCGGCGCGCAGCUCCACUGCGCCACGGGCGACUGCGGCGGGCGGCUGCAGUGCGGCGGGCUCGGCGGCGCGGCGCCCGCGACGCUGGCGCAGGUGAACCUCCACCACGGCAACGACCAGACCUCGUACGGGGUGAGCGUGGUGGACGGCUUCAACGUGGGCCUGUCCGUGACCCCGCACGAGGGCCGGGGCAACUGCCCCGUCCUGGCCUGCCGCAGGAACCUCACCGAGACCUGCCCCGGCGAGCUGCAGCUGCGGUCCCCGGCGGGGAGCGUCCUCGCGUGCAAGAGCGGCUGCGAGGCGUUCCGCACCGACGAGCUGUGCUGCCGCAACAUGUACAACAGCCCGCGCACCUGCCGCGCGUCCAAGUACUCGGAGUUCUUCAAGCGCGAGUGCCCGCAGGCCUUCACCUACGCGCACGACAGCCCCUCGCUCACCCACGAGUGCGCCGCGCCGCGCGAGCUCAAGGUCAUCUUCUGCCACUAGAGCUCGGAGCUUGCCAGCUCGGUGGGCGCGCGCCGUCGCCGUCGACAAGUGUCGCUAGGAGUCGUAGUAGGGAUUUGCGGUGUGCGUGGUGUCUAGUGUGUGUGCGCUUCUGUGCUGGAAUAGCUGUGCUGUGUUCUUCUGUAGGCUGUAGGUAACCGGGCUACUGGCCGUUGGAUGUAUGCGUUGCGUUCUGGCUGCAAAACUGAUGUGGUGCUGUUGCUGCUUACUACAGUUUGCAGUCUAAAAUAAACUUGUUCGAUGUGCAAUGAUCGUUCGCGCAUGUUCAAA